GUAUAACAUUGUUAAUAUUAUUAGAUGUAUGGCUACCCUGGUCGUCUCAGAUUGUGUGAUAAGAGUUUUGAAUCAAACUAUCGAUUAUUUUGCGAUUAAUCGAUGAAAAACUGUACAUGUGCCUGUUAUCAUUUACUUGAUAAUACAAUUUUAUAAUUUGUUAUUGAGCUAUUAAAUUAUUUUGUGAUCCGUUUUUAAUAAAUUUUUUUUUAUUAAAAAGUUUGUGUUCUGGAUUUAAUGUUUUUAUUUCUUUAUUUCAAUUUAAUUAUUUUAAUAAAAUCAAAUUAAAGGAUCUAGAAUGGUUAGGCAUUAUAAAAGAAAAACCAACCAACAUUCAUGGUCCGAAGAAUCUAUGAAGUCUGCAAUAUUAGCAUAUAAUAAUAAAGAAAUGGGAUUCAGAAAAGCUGCAUUAUCUUUUGGUGUUCCUCAAACUACUCUGGAAAGAAGAGCAAAACAAUUUGCUGCAACUGACAAUUUAGCUGAAGCUAGCACAAAAGCUCUUGGAAGAUUCAAAACGGUGUUUACUCAGGAGCAGGAGGUCCAAUUAGUAGAGUACAUAAAGACUAUGGAAGCGCGUUUAUUUGGUUUGACUUCAUUAGAGUUGAGAAGUUUAGCAUACCAAUUAGCAGUAAAAAAUAAUAUAAGCCAUACAUUUUGUAAAGAUGAUUUAGCAGGAGUGGACUGGUUGUAUGGCUUUAUGAAGCGACAUCCAGACUUAUCAUUACGUCAACCUGAAGCUACGUCAGCUGCUAGAGCAUCAGGCUUCAAUCAGGUUGCUGUUGGUAAGUUUUUUGCUUUAUUAACUGAAGUCGUGGAUAAAAAUAAAUUAACAGCUUCGCAAAUAUUCAACGUUGAUGAGACUGGGAUAACUUGUGUACCAAAAUCUCAUAGUAAAGUUAUUGCAUGUCGUGGCCGUCGACAAGUAGGAGCGAUAACUUCUGCUGAAAGGGGCCAGACGAUAACAGCUGAAAUAUGCAUGGGUGCUGAUGGGUCAUACAUGCCUCCAAUGCUUAUUUUUCCUCGCGUAAGAAACAAACCAGAACUUAUAGAUGGUGGACCACCUGGAGCAUGGGCUGAAGUUCAUCCAAGUGGAUGGAUACAAACCGAUUUGUUUCUUAAAUGGUUUGAUAAAUUUGUAAUUUUUUCCAGAGCAUCUAAGACCCAUAAGGUUUUACUUUUAUUAGAUGGCCAUGCUACACACACUAAAUCAUUAGAACUUAUAGAUAAAGCUAGAGAUGCUGGUGUUAUAUUGCUUUGCUUUCCACCUCACUGCACGCAUAGACUUCAACCAUUAGAUGUAGCUUUUAUGAAACCACUUAGCUUAUAUUAUAGUGAUGAAGUUAAGAAAUGGCUUAGAGAGCAUGCUAAAGACCACAGAGUUGUAACACAGUUUCAGAUUGCGUCGCUUUUUGGUAGAGCAUAUAUAAAAGCGUCAACUAUGACAACAGCCAUCAGUGGCUUCAGAGCAACAGGCAUUUGGCCAGUAGAUGCCAACAUAUUUAAAGAACAUGACUUCCUUGCUAGUGCUGCUACUGACAUUGAUUUAAAUGUUUCAGUAGCAGAUCAACAAAAUAUUUCAAACAGUGUGCUCCCAGUUCAACCAGAAGUGUUAACACCAAUCACACAAACAAAUAGUCUGCCCAUCAUCAAUGAUUCAACUCUUUCUCUAACACAGCAUAGUUCACCAGGAUGUUCUCAUUGGUCAGCAGGUGCUGAAAAAUCAUAUUUUACUUUAUCUCCUGAAGAAAUUCAACCUAUUCCUAAAAGUAAUAAAACCGCUGCACGAAUAUCUAGGAGAAGAGGGAAAACAGCAAUUCUCACAGAAUCUCCUUACAAAAAUGAACUUUUAGCUGCUAACAUAUUAAGUGCAACACCCAGACAAGUAAAACGUUCUUUAUCUUUCGGCCAAAAAAAAAGGCUAGAACAACCAAGAAAAAUCUUAACAAAAAACUAAAACCAACGAAGCGGAUGAAAAGUGUUUGUAUUGUGAUGAGCCUUACUCGACUUCAGUUGAUGGGUGGAUUCAGUGUGUGCAAUGUAAAAAAUGGGCUCAUUGUCCUUGUGCUGGAAUUGAAGAAGAUUAUGAGACAAUGUUUAAGUGUGAAUUUUGUUCCUAAAAAUAUUUUAAGUUGUAUUGUAUUUAAAAAGUUACAAUUUAUAUGUUUAUUUCCUUUAAGUCAAGUUAAUAUACAAGUAAAGUAUUUAAGUUUACAUCUAAGUUUUUUUUUAUAAAUAAUUUGUUUUGUUUGGAAAAUUAAUUAAAAUAUAUACAAUUUAAAUGA